GUAUUAGUGCUGGGAGCUUCAGGAUGCAUAGGAAAUGCUGUAGCUCAGGCAUUUGCAAGAUCAGGCCAUGAAGUAUUUGGUUUAGUUCGUAAACGUGAAAAAAUUAAUAUAUUGGCUAAGGAUGAAAGUGAUAUUAAUGAUUUACCUACUUGGAUACCAACAGCAGAAAGAACCUGUAAAACUUAUUACACCAUUUUGGAUGCCUGUAACGAAAAUUCUAAAAAACGGAUUGAAGCUGGUGGUGGUAAAUUGACACUUAUUUAUACUUCUGGACUUUGG